UAUGUUUAUCUUUCUGUUUGUAGUUUUUUAAAAAAAAAUUUCUUCUUUUCACUUUUGGGGUUGUUUUCCUAUGUCUAUUUCAUAGGACUCAAAUCUGAAAUGAGGAAUCAGUCAAGAGAGAUGGAGUUCAUUCUCCUAGGACUGACCGAUGACCCACAACUGCAAAUUGUGAUUUUUGUAUUUCUCUUUCUAAAUUAUGUGUUGAGUGUAAUGGGGAACUUAUCCAUCAUCCUUCUUACCUUGCUAGAUCCCCGCCUCAAGACUCCCAUGUAUUUUUUCCUCCAAAAUUUCUCCUUCUUGGAAGCUUCAUUGACAACAGUCUGUAUUCCCAGAUUCCUGAUAAGCAUCAUGACUAAAAACAAAACGAUAUCCUAUGAUAGUUGCGCAUCUCAGUUAUUCUUUUUCCUCUUAUUAGAAAUUACAGAAUUUUACCUACUGGCUGCCAUGUCUUUUGACCGUUAUGUAGCAAUCUGCAAACCCCUACAUUACCCAGUGAUUAUGAACAACAAAGUGUGUUACCAACUUCUAUUUAGUUCAUGGACAUCAGGCUUUUCUAUUUACAUUUCCACCAUUGGCCUUGGGACUGACUUGGAAUUCUGUGCUUCCAGAGUAAUUGAUCAUUUCAUGUGUGACAUUUCCCCUGUGCUGCAGCUUUCGUGCACUGACACUCAUUUCCUGGAAUUAUUUUCAUUUGUCUUAGCUAUUUUAACCCUCCUGGUCACACUGCUGUUAGUGAUUCUUUCUUACACAUAUAUUAUCAAGACCAUUCUAAAAAUCCCCUCUGCUCAGAAAAGAACAAAGGCUUUUUCUACUUGUUCUUCUCAUAUAAUUGUGGUCUCCCUUACUUACGGUAGCUGUAUCUUUAAUUACAUAAAACCAACAGCAAAGGAAAGGGUGACUUUAUCCAAAGGUGUAACUGUUAUCUAUACCUCAGUUGCCCCUUUAUUAAACCCUUUCAUUUACACUCUAAGAAACCAGCAAGUGAAACAAGCCUUCAAAGAUAUACUCCAAAAGACUUUCUCUUUUUUCAAAAAAUGAAAAGAAACUUUAAUUUUUAAAUCUUGGAGAAAAAAGUAAAUAGAAAUGUUUACUCAUUUCAUAAAUUAACUUAAUCUGCGCUUCAAUUAGUUAACCUGAUAAUAUUUUAACCAGAGCUUUCAGCACAAUACAUCUAUCCUUUCCUGUUUCUCUUUAUGAUUAGCAUUCCUUUCUGUGCCUCAGCAGGAGUCCUCUCUUUAGUUAACAACACAAAUGUUAAAUUUCAUUUACUUUACAAAACAUGGUACUGACCUCCUCAAAAAAAAAAAAACGUAUUAGAUAUUCAUCAUAAGGAUGUUAUCAAUUAUACAGACAUCAAUAUAACAACAUGCGCUACCACUGGGGCUCUAGGAAAUUAUUCAAAUGUCAUUCCAAUAUUUUCAACAAGGCAAGAAAAAAAGGCAGGCUUCAAAUCAUAAAAGGCUCAUAUGUCCUAAAAUGCACCAGGACUUUAUCUGGUAGGUCUAGAGACCUAAAAAUCUGGAGUGAAUAAGAAUCACACACCUGGUUAGCUUUUUUUAAACAAAGUCAAUGUUCUUAUCCCUAAAAUGUCUUUUCAAUUUGUCUGGAUUGCUGUAUAGAAACAUGGACUGUAGCCGAUUCUGAUGCAUGUGGCUCCAAUGAGAGUUUUAUUUCUUGGUUUUUUUUUUAAUGUUUAUU